CCAUCCGCAAUUCCCCAAUCCCCCAAACCUCUGUCGCUGGGUCUCCGGCGAGCUCUCCGGCCAUGGCCAAGCUGAGAGCCAACGCCAGCACCGGCCAUCUCCGCGUCUACGGUACGUCGCUGUCUGAUGAUGGCGCCCUGCCGUGGAAGGAGAGGGAGCAGGACACAUCACUCCUCCUCCGCAAGAUCGAGCACCACCGCGACGAAGCCGUCAAGCUGCUCGCCUCGCACCUCUAUCUGCGACGGUUCCUCGAUGCGGCGACCUCCGUCGGCCUGCUCGAUCCGGUCUCCAACAUAGUCGUCAGCGCCCUGCUUGCCGCCGCCGCAGAUCCCGUCGACGGGGCCUCGGCGCUCGUCGGCGUCGACAAGGACAUGAAGCAGCGCUCCCUCGACGGCCUCGUCGCCUUCCUCACAUGCUUCUUCCCUCACCUCACCGACUGGGAGGCCGUCAGGUACCUUGUCCUCGCCGAAGCCGGCCCCCUCGUUGCUGCGCGCAUCGUCGUCGAGGACCGCCGCACCAAGUGCUUCCGCCCAGGCUCCGCGGCCACCAAUGGCGCCCUCAAGCUCGCUCUCAAGUGCGCAAUGGUGGCCGCCAAGCAUCCGUGUCCCUCCGAGCUCGCAGGCGUUUGGCUGUCCUUGUGCUCCUCCCUCGACACCCUCGAGAAGGCCGUCUCCUUGCUCUUGGCGGUGCGGCCCAAUUCCCCCGGCGACAUCCUCCACACUCUGGCCAAGCAGACGGCAGAUGUCCCUUGUCCUGCUCCUGUUGGCAUAGCCAGCAGCCUCAUCAGGCCAUGGGAGCUUGCAGCCCGUCGCAGUGAGCGCGCCGCCAAGGUGACCCACCAGUAUUCUUGGUCACUAAGGCGAGUGCUCCUACAUACGAUCCAUGGUUUCUACCUGCAGGCACUGGCCAGGUUGCCGGGCGGCGAGCUGAGGUCUCGUUACCACCGUAGCAUGCUCAAGGCUGGCCAUUGCUACGGCCCUUUCGAUCCUGUCACCAACAUCAUCGUUAACACCAUCUGGUAUGAAGCCACCUUCCCACCACUGAGUCAACUGGACGAGCUCGACAUCCUCGGCACCUUGAACCUGAUGCGGAUUGAAGCACAAUCCUUUUACGGACUUGUCUCUUUCCUCUGCACCCGUGACAAAGAUCUCAACGCCGAUCAGGCCAUAAGGUUCCUGCUCGACACGGAUCUCAACAUGACCGCGACAAAGCACUGCAGCAGUGUCCAGGAAGAACAAGAAGCCUUCAGGGCUGCUGCAACUGCGGCAUGGCACCCCAGACCCGAUGCCCAAGCAGGAUUCCUCAGCUCUUGCAAGACGCCUGCAGUCCUGUCACUGCUGUCAGAUAAUGGGGGACAACAACAGCUCUCUUCUCAAUGUGUCCAGCAGCUUGCCAUGCUAUUGUCAUCUGCUUUCCAUUCCACUGGCAUUUUAGUCCAGCAGAAGCAACCAGUUGCCAUUUAUAAACGACGGCUCGAUCUUACCAUGUAUGAGGGACGCAUACAGCGAAGGGCUCAUAGAAGAAUCUCCAGAAAGGUCAAGGCUGCACUAAGCAGAUAUGAGGUGCAGAAUUCAGAACAAGCAUGUUAUCAGCUUCAUGUGGUCUGCGGUGUGAAUACAUAUGUGUCUGGUCCUGACGAGAGUAUGCACUCCAUCAUGAUGCAAAAGAAAAAAGAUCCUGUUGAAGAGGACUACUACCACCACACACAUGCCAACUUUCUGGUGACCCGGAAUGUUGGCUCUGUAGGUUCAGUUCCAGUACUCUUCUUUGCUGAGCUUAGCAACAAGAACGACGACCAGGAUAGCCAGCUUCUAUGCUGCCCUGUGGAGUUUCCACUACCAGGGGCUGAACCAGUGCGCUGCCUUUUCUGCGAGCAAGAGGGGAUCAGGAUUGUACACCCGGCUAGUGGGGAGGGAUUCCAUGGGCACGAGGUGGAGUUUGAGAAGAUGGUUCGCGGGGAGGAUUUAUUCAAAAAUGUCGACUAUCCAGAGGAGUACGACAAUGAUCGCAUACUAACUAAUAGCGAAUUUGUUACGGACACUGUGGCUGAUGGACUCGAUGAGGACUGCAUGUACCUUGGUAGCGAUGACUUCAGAAUCAAGGAAUCCGACGGUCAUGAGUGGGAUUAUUAUGGAGAGGAGUAGUAUAUAUAGUCACGGUCUUCUGAAAGGAGGUGAUGAAACCAAGCUUGAGGAAGCAGUCAAUCAGUUGAUGGCGAUGGUGACGUCGCUUGCUGGUCAGAUACUUGAUGCUCCGGAGGAGUGUGACAAUGUCGACUAUCCGGAGAAGUGUGACAAUGACCGCAUACUAAGUAAUUGCAAAUAUGUUACAGACACUGUGGCCAGUGGACUCAACGAGGACUGUAUGUACCUUGGUAGCAAUGUGUAACACCCCUGUCCUGAUCGAGGUGAUUGGAGUAGGUUGGGAAAAGGGGAUCAGGGUAGGUGAGGAAAGCGUGAAGAGGAAGAAGGAGAUGAGAACGACAGCAGAGAGGGAUGAGGAAUAAUUCUCGUUUCAACAGCCUGUUUGAUCUUGCAUACAUCUGCCUCUUAAGUACAGGACUCACUCACGCGGUUCUCCACCAGAGCCCACCCACGCCCCUGGCCUUGGGCCCUACAUGUCACACACACACACACACACACACACACACACACUCUGACCUCAAGGUCCCACAUGCUAGUCACACAGUAGCACUAGGUGUAUCUGGUGUGACACAAUGACUUCACCAUCAAGGAAUCGACGGUCAUGAGUCGGAUGAGUAUGGAGGGGAGUAGUAUAUUACAUAUAUAGAGAACGGUGAGUGGUGUAGUAUUCACUUCACUGAUGAUCCUUGAUUAAGUCGUAGCUAGUUUGUUUCAUAGGAUCAACAAGUCUGUUGGCUAGUCCUACAGAUAUACAGGUUGACAUCAAAAGGUUCUUGCUAAGUCACCCAUAGUGAUUUUGAUGAAAAGUAGUACAUGUGGUUGCCAACUCUGGAAGAAGGAUGAAAGCAAAUCGUUUUCAGCCCAUUAAAGACCUGUUUGCUAAAAGAUUGUCUCCCUGGAAUGAAGAAUAUCUUUCUAUGGGAGAAAAGGAGAUUCUUCUUAAAUCUGUAGCUUAGGCUUUACAAACUUAUGUAAUGGGGAUUUUUAAGCUGGCUACAAGGUUCCAUGAUGAUUACAGAAAACUUAUUAAGAUUUUUUGGUGGGGAGAGGAUGAGGGUCAGCGAAGUGUUGCUGGGCGUGGGAUACUUUGACUUGAUCACUAAACCCAAAGAAACAGGUGGCACUGGCUUUAGAGACACCACUCUCUUUAAUCAGGCUUUGCUGGCUCGCCAAACAUGACGACUGAUCCAAUACCCUCAAGAGUUUAGCUGCAAGACUCAUGAAAGCAAUCUACUACCCGAGAGGUAAUUUAUUAGAAGACGUAUUCGCGAAUGAAGCUUCGUCUGUGUGGCAUGGUAUUGAACAUGGCCUGGAGCUGCUAAAAAAAGGUGCCACCUUGAGAGUGGGAUAUGGUAAGUGCAUCAGGGCCUGGCGUGGUAAUUGGCUUCCCCGAAAUUAUGCGAGUAUCAUCCUUAACAUGAGCGAGCUUGAUGAUUGAAAAGGGGAUUUUGGCAUUAUGAAAGAAAUGACUUUUCUACCAUAUGUGUGACUAAGGCAUAGCCUAGUGGUGGGAAGGGGCUGAUGUAUUCCCACCCACCCAGGUUUAAGGCAUGGUACUUGCAAUUUGGGUUUGUUGCACCAACUAUACUGUAAGGGCUUCCCUUACAAUCUUUCUGUCAAAAAAAAAAGACCUUUCUACCCUGAUGAUUACCUACACAUUUGCUUACAGCCUCAAGAAUGAUGAAAGUGCAAAACCUGGGACAAGUGCGGCACAAGUGCGGCGGGAGAUUGCUCAAGAAAGAUGUGGAAGCUAAUAUGAAACUCCACUGCUGAAUAAGGUGAGAAUUUUUGCUUGAAGAGUUAGCCUGGGACAACGCUUGUCCUGUUUGAUUUGGUGCUACAGUGGACUAUACUAAAGCCAAAGUUUUGAAAAACAAAAAGUGGAAAUCCUAGAGCUUUGCUUCCGCGGAGCUGGCCCAGUAUUCUGGACCGGAUUGGCUCUUGCUGCUUUUUUCAAGAAAUUGCCAGACAGAAGAGGACUGGUUCUCAUGAUUUUGUGGAGAGGCUGGCACUUAAGGUGUCACCGAAGGGAUCUAAGCCGUGAAAUCUUUUAGUGAAGACCAAUGUUUAUGUACCGGCAACAUAUGUUAUUGCUUCAGUGACUGUAAUUUUUUACCCGUGGCGCGAGAAGACGCCCGUACGGACGUUCACGUCCGUACGGCGCUUUGGACACACGUGACGACUCUUAGCGCUAAUGACGUUGCUUUAUUCUUAACACUCCCCCUUCUACAAAGCUGCUU